AUGUCGGCAGCUCAGACCCAGAAGGAGAGCGGUGAGGCGGGCUGGGGUUGUCUGGAAGCCCUGGGCCUCAGUCAGAGGGAGCUGGUCCUGGCCGAGGCUCUGCAAAUGGAGUAUGACGCCCUCUCCCGACUCAGACAGGACAAGGGAAGCACGAGCGGCAACCAGGCUGGUCCACAUCUCACCGCCAACAACAGCGGUUCCAAAACGGCUCCCGUGUCUACUGCGACUUCCAUAGAGCGACCUCGGCCCACCCCCAGCCGUCCAGUCCCAGGACCCCCGGCAGGGAAUCUGCUGCGGGGGCUUUCCGGCUCUGAUCCCUCCCUGAAUCAGCCAGGGGGGUCCCAGUCUCCACAGUUGACUCCUGCCAGGGCAACCCCUCCUCGGGGAGGAUAUUUUAAAGAGCCUUUGUAUAUCCUGGAUAGUCCAGAGGUCUGUAAGCCCGGGGAAUACUAUGGUUCCAGCUAUGGUAACUCACUCGGUUCACAGUUAGGGUCUCUUUCAAAAGGCUUUCUCCCUCUUCCCGAUGACUGUCCCCCUGCAAUUCCUCCACGGAAUCCCAUUCCUGCCCCCUGCGGUCCAGAAAACCCCUUCCUACCAUCUCGUGGUUCAUCAGUGUCCAGGGAUGUCAAUCUGUUCACCCCAGAGGCGGAUCAGCCUAAAGUGACUUCCGGUGACUUGAAUUACGACAACCUCAACGACUCGCUCUCCAAGCUCAACGAGGACACGCCGAUUCCCCGGGGCAGGAGAGCCAACGGGGACCAGCCGGGGAAGCCUGUGGCUCGGAGUAAGACCCUCCCUCCUCAGGUGCCACCCAGGACGUACAUAGCUGUUCCUAAAAGCAACAAGAACCAGCGGCGAGUGUCUGCAGACCCGGUGUCCCUGGGCUCCAGGAUGAAUGGCUUUUGCUAUGAGCUCUUCCAGGUGUCUGAGGAGCGAGACGAGGAGGUCGCCGCUUUUUGUCACAUGCUGGAUGUUUUGCGGUCAGCCUACCCCUGCAGCGAGCGUUUGAAAAACGCUGGCUUUGUGUGGUCUCCGUCUGUGGGUCACGAGGAGCUGCACCAAGGCCUGGGGGUCAGUGUGAAGGUCUCUGUUAUCAGCGAGCAACUGAGGGAGCCCAUCACCUUCACCUGUGAUGGUUCCUCCACGGUUGAUCUGCUGAUCUACCAGACGUUAUGUUACACCCAGGAUGACCUGGACUGCAUCGACGUGGAUGACUACCUACUCAAAGUCUGUGGACAGACAGAAUUCCUCAACAAUUGUCAGACGUUGGCAGGUCUGGAAUAUGUCCAGCAGUGUCUGAAGUUUGACUGGGACAUCCGUCUCUUUCUCACCAAGAGGUCGUCCAUCAACACGGAGCUGGCUCGCACGGAAGAGGACGAUGAGACCCCAUCAACCAUGAACCACUGUAUUCUGCUCCAGGAGCGCCCCAUCAAACAGACUGUAACAAGGGAGGCGCUGACACUACUGCUGGACACCUUUCACAAUGAAGCUGAAUCCUUCCUUCUGUCAGAGGUGGAGUUGCCACUACAUGUGGAGCGACUUGUUCAGUCUGUCAAGGCAUUGUGUAGUUCAUUGGCUGCAGUGGAGACGCCUGAAGUGACCACUGCACUUAACCAGCUCCCACCAUGCCCCUGUCGUCUACAGCCCAAGGUCCUAAAGGACGCCUCCAUACUGUCUGUCAGAAAGAACAGAGAGAAAGUUGUGGAGAAGCUGACAGCAGCCAUUUUGGAUCUCGUGGAGCUGUACUGUAGCACUUUCAAUGCUAACUUCCACACCAUGCCGCAGAGCCAUUCCUGCACUGCGCCGAUCCAAGAAGCCGGCCUGGUCACUAACAUACUGUCGUUCAACAUUUACGCCGCUCACCGAAUCCCUAUCACUUGGGCUGCAAGCUACGAGGGCUUCUUCCUGUCCUGUUCGCUGACUCAUGGAGGGCUGGAGCUGUGUGCCCCCCAGAAUACCAGCAAGCAGUCCGUCAGCAAGUAUCUCUUCCACCUGGUGGUCUGGGAUCAAAGGGUGUGUUUCCCAGUGCAGAUCAACCAGUUGCCUCGGGAGUCCCAGCUGACGGUGACGCUGUAUGCCAACGCCCUGCCUCCCCCUGGAGGAGUGGAAGAGAAGGGCAGGCAGCGGCGCAGCAUCGAAGCCCUGGGCUGGGUCACCAUGCCUCUCUUUAACUUUAGACAUAUCCUGACAUGUGGCAGGAAGUUGCUGGGUUUAUGGCCAUCAACUCCAGGAAGCGGAAACGCCCGCUCCAGCUCGCCUAACUUCAGCCAGCCUGAUAGUGUCAUCCUGCAGGUGGAUUUCCCUACCUCGUCGUUCGAGGUGCGCUUCAGCACUCCAGCUCCCGCUGACUUCUGUCCCAAGUAUGAGUUCUCCAGACUGGACACCAUCAGCCAGAUCCAGCUGCAGGAUGUCCUACAGAAGAAAUCAUUCUUCUGGUUGACAGCAGAGGACAAGCGGCUGCUGUGGGAGAAGAGGGCCUUCUGCCAGGCGGAGAGCGGUGCCUUGCCCCUGGUGCUGGGCAGUGCUCCCCGCUGGGAGUGGGCCUGCCUGCCCGACAUCUACGCCCUGCUGCGACAGUGGGCCUGUCUCAGCCACCUGGAUGCGCUGGGACUCCUGUAUGCCUCCUUCCCAGACCAGGAAUUGAGGAGGACAGCAGUUCAGUGGAUGGACUCAAUAUCGGACCCAGAGCUGCUAGACUUCCUGCCUCAGCUAGCCCAGGCACUUAAGUACGAGUGCUACCUUGACAGCUCAUUGGUUCGUUUCCUGCUACGGAGGGCUAUAGGGGACAUCCGCAUUGCACACUAUCUUUUCUGGCUGCUGAAGGACGCCCUCCAAGACCACCAGUUCAGCGGGAGGUACCAGCACCUCCUGGCAGCGCUGCUUUGCUGUGUGGGACGAGGCCUGAGGGAGGAGUUUGACCGACAGUCCUGGCUGGUGUCUAUCCUGGCCAGGGUGGCGCAGAAAGUGCGGGACACAACGCCAUCCAGCAGACAGGCUGUCUUGAGAGAGGGCCUGGAUGAGGUGAAGCAGUUCUUUUCAGUGAACACUACCUGUCGACUGCCUCUGAACCCCGCCCUGCUGGUCAAAGCCAUCAACAUCCAGUCAUGCUCCUUUUUCAACUCCAACGCCGUGCCUCUCAAGCUCUCCUUUCAAAACGUGGACCCACGAGGGGACAACAUCAAUGUUAUAUUUAAGUCAGGAGACGACCUGAGGCAGGACAUGUUGACCCUGCAGAUCAUCCGCAUCAUGAACAAGAUCUGGAUCCAGGAAGGACUGGACAUGAGGAUGGUCAUCUUCAAAUGCUUCUCCACCGGUCGAGGAAGAGGCAUGGUGGAGAUGAUUCCUCAUGCAGAGACACUGAGAAAGAUCCAGGUGGAACAUGGGGUCACUGGUUCCUUCAAAGACCGGCCCUUAGCGGACUGGCUGCAGAAACACAACCCUACCGAUGACCAAUAUGAGAAGGCGGUGGAGAACUUCAUCUACUCGUGCGCUGGCUGCUGCGUGGCAACUUACAUCCUGGGAAUCUGUGACCGCCACAAUGACAACAUCAUGCUGAGGACCAGCGGUCACAUGUUCCACAUUGACUUUGGCAAGUUCCUGGGUCAUGCCCAGAUGUUCGGCAACAUCAAACGAGACCGUGCCCCGUUUGUCUUUACCUCGGACAUGGCCUACGUCAUCAAUGGAGGAGACAAGCCCUCCAGCCGCUUUCAUGACUUUGUGGACCUCUGCUGUGAAGCCUACAACUUAAUUCGCAAACAUACACACCUCUUCCUUAACCUACUGGGUCUGAUGUUGUCUUGUGGCAUCCCAGAGCUGUCAGACUUGGAGGAUCUGAAGUAUGUGCAUGAUGCAUUGAGGCCACAUGAGUCAGAGGCUGAUGCAACCAUGUACUUCACCAGGUUGAUUGAGUCCAGUCUGGGCAGUGUGGCCACUAAGCUCAACUUUUUCAUCCACAACCUGGCUCAGAUGAAGUUUGCAUCAUCUGAGGAGCGGCCCGUGUUGUCCUUUGCCCCAAGGAUCCACACGAUGAAGAGUGACGGGCUCAUCCGCAACCUCUACGUAUGCCGCCACGUUCGCACAUUCAGCCCCAGCAAGGGCUACGCUUUUGUGGUAAAAGUGGAGAGAGAAGGCCAGCAGGGGUCGACGUUGGUCCAGAGGAGUUUCGAGGAGUUCCAAGAACUACACAGCAAACUACGGCUCAUCUUUCCUUCCUCUCAGCUGCCAAGUUUCCCCAGCCGUUUUAUGAUUGGCCGCUCACGGGGAGAGGCUAUGGCUGAUAGGAGGAAAGAUGAGCUGAAUGGAUAUGUCUGGCAUCUGGUUCAUGCCACUCCCGAGGUCGCACAGUGUGACCUUAUCUACACUUUUUUCCACCCUCUCCCAAGAGACGAGAGACCAGGGACGGUGGUCAACGCUCUGCAGAGCAAGCCAGCUGAGAUUUCCUGGGCUCCAGUGUCAGGGAGGGAGCUGGGGGAGGUCAAACUCUCCAUCUCUUACAAGGGGGACAAGCUCUUCAUCAUGGUCAUGCACAUACGAGGCCUGCAACCCCUCCAGGAUGGGACAGAUCCUGACCCCUACGUGAAGCUUUACCUCUUACCGGACCCCCAGAAGACCAGCAAGAGAAAGACCAAGGCAGCACGACGCACUUGCAAUCCCACCUACAACGAGCUGUUGGUGUACGAGCGCAUCCCGCAGGGGGACCUGGAGCAAAGAGUGAUUCACCUGCGGGUGCUAAGUGAGGGGGCGUUCUGGGAGAACACCUUACUGGGAGAGACGUUCAUCCCCCUCAAAAAGCUCCACCCUGGACAGCACUGGGUCGACUGGCACCAGCUGGGCACAAGAGGCAGCGAGUCCUCCCGCUGAGACAAGGAGACGAUGGAUGGUUAAAGGACAAUUCCAUUUUGUUUUUUUGGGGUUUUUUUUUGUUUUUUUGUUUUUUUUACAACGUGGGUCUUGUUUUCAUCUUUUUUGCAAUAGUGCAUGUCGGUUAUAAUAUAAUUUUACCCAGCGACUUCAUUUUGGAGAUUUUAGAUAAGGGACCACCAGCUCUAUAACGGCGUCUUAUGGGGCAGCUAAACACGAGCCUUAAAACUGUCAUUUCACAAACAACAAUAACAACAACAGAACCCUAGGAUGUCUCUGCUGCGCUGGCCGGCUAGUUUAUCAUUGGUAAAGUAAGCUAGCCAUUUCUGCGAGUUGAACCCGGAAAUAGCUCUGCAAUGUAGUCGGCCAUUGAUGAUAUUGGACAUUUCAGUAAGAAAUGUUAACUUCAGCUUUUGUCUUCACUUCCACAUAUGUGGUGUAGAUAACGGGGAUGAAUUGGACUUGUUGAGACGUGGCUGAAGCUCAUGUUGACUGUCGCCCCAUAAGACGAUGUUAUGAAGCUGUGCAUAGCGGCGGUAUCCAUACUCUCCAAAAUAAAGCCUGUGAGUAAAAUGACAUCAUAUCCAGUACGCACAAUCGGGCAAAAACUACGAAAAGAAGACCCAAAUUGUGUGUGUGUGUGUUUGUGUGUUUUUGCUCACACUCUCACAACACUUUUCACAGAUGGUAAGUCUUUAAUGCUGGCUUUCCCAGCGGGGGACGUGUGUUGGUUUGUGUCUUGCCUGCCGUGGCGCCAAAGGGAGACUGUGUGUGCACUUUAAAAAACCUUUUUGGAUGAUGGGUUGAAAAAAACUUGAAUACUGUCCCCAGUGGGUUUUAUCCUCAUAUGACAACAGCUUGACUGCAUACUGUGACUAAUACGAUAGCAGUAAUGUCCCCGCAUCGUGUUCCAGACAGGGAAAAGAGGAAAGAAAUGCUUACGUGUAGGCUCCGCUAGCUGUUGAAAGCAUUCGUUUACAGAUGUCUGGCUCUUUUCAGCUACUUGACCUUCCCCACCUCCCCGGAUCAGAAGCGCUGUUUAGUCUGUCCGCAAUGUCGGUUAGAAAGGACCCGAUUGUUGUCGUUUUUAACUGGGAAGUUAUUUCUAUUCUAAAAUUAUGUCUUGUGUUAAAUUUAAUGUCAGUUUAAUUUUGAACUUUGCUUGAAGAGUGACUUUGUUUUUUUCCUUGUUGAUUUCUUUGCAUAUUGCGUGGAUGUGUCGGCUGUAGAUAUAGUGGGUAUUGUCAGGAUGUGGCUGGUUGUUAUCCACAAACCUGUAAUAACCUGCCUAUGGUAUGGAAGGACCGGAUUUUGUGGAUAUUAUCCGAUCAGCAGUUUUGCGGCUGUGUUACUAAUGUGUGUUUCAACACAGGUGAAAAUGGGACGGCCUGUAUGAAAGAAGCAAUGAUCACUUUUGAGAUGUUGGCCUCUCUGUAUAGUGUAGAUAGAGCGCGAGCCUGGCCAUAUCCGUUGCGAUUAUUGAGUAGCUCUACAUUUUUAAAUCAUGUACAGCACAACCUUCUUCAGCAGUCGACGCUAUUAGUCGACGUCUAUACAAGCACACAGAUUUUGCUCGGCUUUUAACAUUUGAGAUGUAGCGCUGUAAAAACGACGUUGCCCGUAUGUGGAAUAUUUUUCGUAUAAGGAGAAUAUCAACAACCGAAACCUUAAAUCGAGGUUUUAGCUUAAUAUUAAUGCUUUCAGUCAGGGAAAUAUGCAUGAGUGCUUCUUGAAGUCUAUUAAUGUGCGUGCCUACUUACUGCUCACCGCUGUGAGAGAGAAACACACAAAGCGUUCUGCAGCCCUGGUUUUCCAUGCAUGUUUUAAUUUUGAUCAAGGACACGUCUUAGAUCCUUUUGAGUCCACGUUUUUGAGAACGUAUUUUUGGGUCUAAUUAUGCAAGAUGCAUAUUUUCAAGUGAAACAAGUUGGAAUAAGUGCUGAGAAAGGGGAAAACAGAAACUGAUUGGACUUGUGCACAGCAUGCAUGUUGUGUUCCUGCAGGAGCACCGAAGCAGCCGGUGCGUGUUCAGACAGCAGCUCGUGGCUUUUGGAUAUGAGGGAAGUAGCGCUGGUUUUGUGGGUACGUCACAGCAAAACACAAGUUGACUGUCCCCCCCAUCAGCUGACUAGACCGUCCUCUCCACCUUGUUCUUUUCCGAUAAUGUAGCGCACAUUGCGUCGCUUGUGUGCUUUAUCAACAGACGGUCUGUUUGUGCAGGUUGCAGAGGACAUAGCCAGUUAGGAUUUUAAUUAGACUGGCAGUCAAAAUAAACAAACCCAAAAUCAGAAACGUCAAUUAUUCAUUUAACACUGGUGCCUGUGACAAGGAAAAGCCUUUUUCCUACACUUUAUUGCAAAUUUAAAAAAAUCUGUGCCUCGGUUAUGUAAUUAUUAUUAUUGAAAAAAUUUUUUUUUUACAUUUCCAUUAGUGCUUCCUGGCUUGUAUUUUCUCUACCAUUAUAUCAGUUUAGCAUUAGAUAUGUAGUGUCAGACUUUUAAGCGUAACUUAAUGAGUUGAGAAGUUUGUGUUUGUUGUGUGCUUAAAUGAAGACCCGUUUUUUUUUUUUUUUUUUUUUUAAGUGUCCCUUUUCUGCAGUGUAUGUCGGUGUACGUCUGUGGUAAGGCAAGUCAGCUGUGUCAGCAAUAUACUCAAAAUGGUUUUCUGUCCAUGCCUCCUUUCCUUUUAGGUUUUGAACUAACAAAAAUAAAAUACAAAUAAUUCCUGACCUGCGUUCAAAUAUCUAAGCUGUAGAUUAACGUAUACGUUAACUAGCUCAACGCUUAAAAGUAGACGAAGAAUGAAAAUGUCUGCACUGUACGUAUCUGCACACAUCCACACAAUGUUUUUUUCAAAGUACCUGUGAUGGAAAUGGGGCAAGGGCAGAAAACUGUCGUGAAGAACUGAGUGGGCCGCCGGGACUGGCUCGAGGAACUUUAAAAUGAGCAGCCGCAAGGGGAUUCCAACCCUCAACCCCGUGAGACGUGCUGACGGAAAAGGAGAAAACGUAAGUUCAAAAUGAACUGGAUUUUAUGUACUGUAAAUAAGACUGAGAAAUAUCAAUGUGAUUUGAUUUUUUUUCAAUUCAGCAUAGUUUUGCCUCGUUUUUAAUGUUUAAUUUGAAAAGGCUAUACUGAGUAAAUUUCAUUUUUGAAUGUGUUGUGUAAUUUUAAUUUUUGAAUGUGUUUUGUAAUAUUAUUUGCACUGUAAAAUAAAUUUGAAUCAGAAAGUUUGGUGUGUGAUGAAAGCGCUGGAUCCUGGCUCAGCAUCCUUAACUGUCAUCGGUCCUC